AAGGCUGUGCCAUCCUCGGAAUAACAUUUCUUAUAGCCGGGCUGAUUGAACGGCAGGGACCACAAUCUUACUGUCCCCAGUGCGAUUUUGCCAUGCGUUGAAAUUUGGGCCUUGUGGCAGAAGACGAAGGCCGUAGGCAGGGUAACUCGGACCGCUCGGACCGGCUGCGUGGGGACAUUCAUAUUGAAUAAACUCAGGAUCCCGCGAGUUUAAUCCGGUCGAAUUGCAUAAAAUCUGGUGGUCAACAGGAGAACGAUCGAUCGCACCCUACACAGUUGACCGUCCAAGAACGAAUACAGGAUGAGUGCCGAACCAACAGCCUCGAGUUCUCAUCUCGACCUCUCCACCGCCCAAGUCAUCAAGACCCCGAUCACCACGGCCACCGGAAGCCUGCUGAGCUCGAACGCAUACGAAAAAACUUCAACGACCUCUUCCACCUCGUUCCUCGGACCGGUCCAUGAGUUCACCGCUCGGAUCUCCAAGUGGAGAGAUUCUUUGAACCUUCCCGAUCCUGGUACUUACGAACAAGUCGGAAGGGAAGCCAAAGGCGUCCAUUUAACCAACUAUAUCUUCGAUGGAGCUCGUGCUGAGUUGGCUAAAGCGCUCUCAUUGAGCCCGGCAUUCAAUGUCACUCAUUCCUUCAACAUGGGUGCUCAAGGUGGAGCGAUGGGUGGAAUUCACCCGGGUACUUAUAGCUUUGGUGGAAUGUAUGCAACCAAUAAUGUUUUUGCGCAAGGUACGAUCGACAGUGAUGCUACUUUGAUGGGUCGAUUCAAUUACCGAUGGGGAUCGAAAGAUAUUUCGAAACUGCAAAUUCAAUGGCCCUCGAACCCCACGAACCCAUCCGUAACCCAAGUGGAACACGAGCGACAUGGGCAAGAUUACGCAUUAUCGAUGAAGGCAUACAACCCGAACAUCAGCAACCAAUCGGGAAUUUUCAUUACCCAAUACCUGCAAUCGCUACACCCACGCUUCAGUCUAGGGAUAGAGUCGGUAUGGCAAGUGAUGCCGCCGAUGGAGGAUGCCAGCAUGUCAUACCUCAUGAAAUGGCAAUCCGCCAAACGAGAGUGGAUCUCCACACUCACCCUCCAAGCCACCGGCCCCCUCCAAGCCUCCUACUGGCAGAAACUCUCCGACCAAGUCGAGGCCGCAGUCGAUCUCCACUUUCUUCCUCACCCAUCUCCCCGCGAACGUAAGGCUGUCAGUACCGUCGGGUUGAAGUAUGACUUCAGACAGGCUACCGUCAGAGCUCAAGCCGACAGUACCGGGAAGGUCUCCAUGCUGCUGGAACAGCGCAUCGCUCCUAUGUUCACAUUCUCCGUCGCUGGAGAACUCGACCAUGCUAAGUCUCAAUCCAAAUUCGGAGUCGGAAUCCAAUUGGAAUCAUCUCCAUUAGACGAGAAUUCUCUCAAAGGACUGACCCCUCCCUCUCCACCCAUGUAACUAAAACAAAAAAACAACAAAACUGAUUAUGGAUACAUAAUACCUACCGAAUGCAUGCAUAUAUACACACACCCCACCCCCUCUCGACCUACUUUUGUCUUGCCUUGCUUUCGUUUUCAGCUUCGUUUAUUUACGAAACUAUCUAACUAAAGUAAUCAAGUCCCUUUGUUCCUAAUUUUUCCUCUCUUCACACUUAACAAACCAACGAAAAAGAAAUCAUUCACAUAUAUUCAACCCAUGCCCUGCAAGGAAAUUGUAAGAGUCACCAGCAAUUUUUCAAAAAUGGAAAGAUGCUGGCUUAUCCCCC